CUGCAAUAGUGGGUGGUGUAAUAGGCUCCAUUAUUUUUGUUGGCGCAUUAGUAGCUGUUGGCAUCAUAUUGUAUCGAAGAAGGCACAAACCAAGAAAUGUUGUAACAACUGUCAUAGCAAUGUUUGAUUAUGUGGGAAAAGAGGCAAAUGAUUUGAGUUUUAAAGCAGGUGAUGUUAUUGAAGUACUUGAGAGAGGAGAAGGGCCCAAUGAUUGGUGGGUGGGUAGAUUACACGGUGCUGUAGGUGAAUUUCCUG